AUGAACUAUUUUCCUAUUACUUUCGUGCUGAUGGCGGUCACCGAGACGCUGCUAGCAGCUGUCAUGUCCGGUGUCAAUCACAUGACGGACGGACAAGAAAUCGAAGAAAACCUAAUAAUUUCCAGGCGCAGGGCGAUAUCUGAACAUGACCACCGGACCGACUCUGCGUACGCAGGCAUCUUGGGUGACGAAGAAGAAUUGGAUGAAAUAAAACAUUUAGAACCAUCUGAAAUAAAACCACGUAUGACCACUAUACUCAAAACUAUGGAUAUAAAUGAGAAUGGCUUAAUUGAAAAAAAUGAACUGUUAGAAAAAUUAUUGGAUUCUUAUCGGAAAUUAUCAGCUGAAGAAUCUGAUGCAGAAUUUCUAACUAGUGAUCUUGAUGAAAACGGCUAUAUUACAUGGAAGGAAUAUGUUGGUGAUACUUAUGGUUCAAGUGAACAUUUUGAUGAUGAAAUGACAGAAGAUGAAAAACAACUAUUUUUGGCCGCUGAUGUUGAUAAGGAUGGUCAUUUAAAUAAAGAAGAAUUUCGUUAUUUUUAUACCCCUGAAGAUUACCCACACAUGCAACCUGUAGUAUUGCAUGGUGUAAUGAAUCGAUUUGACACUGAUAAAAACGGAAAAAUUACAUUUGAUGAGUUCAUAGGAGAUAGAAGAACAGAACACACGGAAGAAUGGCUUCAGGAAGAAAAAACUAAGUUUAUUGAAGAACUCGAUGUUAAUAAAGAUGGAGUAUUAGAUGAAGAGGAAGUGCAUGAUUGGGCAUCACCAAAUAAUAACAUGAUUGCAGAAAGUGAAGCAGAAAAUUUAAUUUUGAAAGCAGACAAGAACCAAGAUGGUGUACUAAGCUUUGAUGAAGUAUUGGACAAUUAUCAUACAUUCAUUUCGCCAGAAAGUGAAGGGUAUUACAUAUUUAGAGAUGAAUUAUAA